UUCCACUUGUUAUCAUAAACAGGAUCAAGUCGUAUAUAGUGUCUCCUGUUUGACUUGUAAUUCUGUGUUUGUCGACAUUUUCCAGCGUCUUUGAACAUUUUUCCUCGCAUGCAUUGACCAUGUAUGUUGGAAGAAAUAAUUGGUGACAAAAAUCUCCUGCGAGGAUUGAGGAAAGAAGGAUAAUAUCUACACUGGACAUUUAAAGCAAAAAUCAUGGGCCAUUCCUUGUUUUCUCACGCACUGGAUCAAAGUAGACUACAUUGAUUAUCAUUCUCACACUGUUGCUUUGCUCUAUACCAAACCGAAUUGUGGAUAUCAGUCAGCUGUUCUUCUAAAAGCAUCAUUAGUAUAGGAUUUCUCGGUCAAUUUCAAAGAGAAAUAAGCAACCUCCUCUUAUACGACCGUUACCAUGACAACCUCCGAUGAUUUCCGUGUCUGGGGCAAGGAGAUGGUGGACUACAUCUCACGUUACCAGGACGGUAUCGAGGACCGACCAGCCCUUGCCCAAGUAGCCCCGGGCUACCUGCUGGAUCAGAUGCCCGCCGAUGCCCCUCAGAAGCCCGAUGAGUGGAAUGACGUGAUGGCUGAUGUGGAGAGGCUGAUUAUGCCAGGGGUAACGCAGUGGAAUCAUCAUUUCCACGCCUACUUCCCCACAGCAAACUCCUUCGCUUCUCUAUUAGGUGAUAUGUUAUCAGGUGCUAUCGCCUGUGUCGGUUUUUCAUGGAUAACCAGUCCAGCAUGUACGGAGCUCGAGAUGGCUAUGAUGAAUUGGUUGGGAAGGAUGUUGAAUCUUCCUGAAUCAUUUUUAUUCAAUGAAACAAGGCAGGGAGGAGGAGUCAUUCAGGGUUCAGCAAGUGAAGCAACUCUAGUAGCCUUGCUGGCAGCUAAGAUGAAGACAAUAAGACAGAAGAUAGAGAGGAUCCGAGUCUAUCAGUAUGACGUCAUGUCAAAACUAGUCGUUUACACAUCAGACCAGAGCCAUUCAUCAGUCGAACGAGCAGCUUUGAUUGCUAGUCUUCGCAUCAGACAGCUGGCCACCGAUGACAAAGGUUCUCUGAGAGGGGAUGUACUCCAGAAAGCCAUAGAAGAAGACAAAGCCAAAGGGAGAAUCCCUGUUUACCUCUGUGCUACACUCGGGACAAUCACGUCAUGUGCGUUCGAUAAUCUCAAGGAGCUGGGUCCAAUAUGUAGAGAAGAGGGCUUGUGGUUUCACAUUGAUGCUGCAUACGCCGGUAGUGCUUUUAUAUGCCCAGAAUACAGACAUCUAUUAGACGGUGUCGAGCUUGCAGAUUCAUUCAACUUCAACCCUCCCAAGUUUCUGCGAGUGACCUUUGACUGCUCUGCCCUGUGGGUCAAAGACAGGUCAGCGUUAAUAGGCGCAUUCCAUCUUGAUCGAGCCUACUUCAAGCACCACCAUCAAGACACGGUCAUCGACUACAGGCACUGGCAAAUCCCAGUAGGUCGUCGAUUCAGAUCUCUCAAACUUUGGUUCGUGUUCCGACUGUUUGGAGUUGAGAAACUUCAAGAAUUCAUCAGAAAGCAAGUGUCUCUUGCAAAGGAAUUCGAAGCCCUCGUGGUCGAUGACAACCGAUUCGAAAUCGUUGCCGAGGUUGUGCUAGGUCUGGUAUGCUUCAGAUUGAAGGGUUCGGACGAUUUGAAUAGAACUUUGCUGGAUCGCAUCAACGCCAAUGGUAAGAUAUACAUGAUCGGGUCGGUGCUAAAAGGUCGAUACAUCCUUAGAAUGGUCGUGUGCAGUUCCCAAACCGAGUCAAGACACAUGACGUAUGCCUGGGAGGUCAUCUCAGAACUCGCCACUAAACUCCUGGCCGAUGAGACUAAUAGACAUGCUGCAGACACGGCCUAACUCUAGUUCAAGAUCAAGUUCAUUUAUCCUUCUUUACUGACAUGAAUGUAUACAAUUUAACAAAUUUAUAACAUGUAGAGUAUAUAAAAGGAACAAUUAUAAGGAACAAGUUCAUAUAACGCAUUUAAGUGGGGAAAAGGGGGAGG